GUCCGACAGAGUCUCGGAUCUUUCUGGCUCCCAGUAAUCUGCAGCCAUGUCGCUGCUCCGCUCGGCUCCAGUCCUCCUCCGGUGAGUCCUGACCGGAGACACCCGCCGUACCGGGAGUGACGUCACAGCACGGCGCCCCCAGCGCUUUGGCUCUGAUGUCACUGCAGAGUUUGAAACAGAAGAUGAAAUAACUUCAGGAUGAUGAAAGUCCUGUGGGUGGGCAGCUCCAUCGGACAGACCUGCUGUCAGAACAGCAUGUCUCUGCUCACGGCGUCGGUGGUCCUGGUCGCUCUGUAUGUUCUGUGUCGGUGUUUGAUUCCCCGGCUGGUUCAGUGUAACUCCACUCUGGCUCUGCUGUGGCACGACGUCCUGCUGGAGAUGAUGCUCGACCUCCUGGGGGGAACAACGCGACCGCAGCGCCUCCUGCGGGCCGUCUGUGUAAAUGCAGUCAGAGGGGAUCCGGACAGCGUCAUCGCGGCCGUCGACUGCUUCUGUAAACACACAGAGUGGGCGAUGAACGUGGGAGACGAGAAAGGAGCCAUCUUGGACUCGGUUGUAAUGGAAACCUCCCCGUCCACAGUGCUGGAGUUGGGGACGUACUGCGGCUACUCUGCUGUCCGCAUCGCCAGGCUGUUGUCACCAGAAACAAAGCUGAUUAGCGUGGAGAUGAACCCGGAGUACGCUGAUGUGGCGCGACAGGUCAUCCAGCACGCGGGACUGCAGGACAAGGUGUGCGUGCUGGAAGGUGAGUCAGCUGACCUGAUUCCCAAGAUGGCCGACAUGUUUGGAAUCCAGACGUUUGACUUUGUCUUCCUGGACCACUGGAAGGACCACUACCUGCCAGACAUCAGGCUGCUGGAGGACUGCGGUCUGCUGGCUCGGGGCUCGGUGGUCCUGGCUGAUAAUGUGGUCUGUCCCGGAGCUCCAGAAUACCUGAACUACGUCAGAUCCAGCCUGAAGUACAGCAGCAGGUUCUACCAGGCUCACCUGGAGUACACCAGAGUCCUGGACGGGCUGGAGAGGUCCGAGUACCAGGGAGAGAGAAACAGACAGACCGGUAGAAUCCAGACUGAGUCUGGUCCAGUGUUUACAUCUGGAUCAUGAACACAUCAGCUGACGACGGCUUCAGACUCGGACUGAUUCUCUUUGUUUGUGAAGGAUUUUCUGAUGUUCUCAUUUUAUGUGAUUAUUUGUUUGGACAUAAACUUCUGAUCAACAGAAAGUAAAACCGGGUCGUGGCGUGUGCGGGGACGCUGUGUCUCUAGUCUGCAUCCCCACAUACAAGUACUGAAACUCAAUCAGACCAUCACACAGGUUUACGUUCCAAAGACCACUUUACACUUUUUCAGUGUUUGUUGUGUUUUACACGAUGUUUUCAUGGUUCUAACUUCAGCAGCAGCCACGAGGAAGAGACAGAGAAACUUCUUUGUCCCGAGUUCAGCCGAAGCGUCAGUCUGUGCGCUCACGCGAAGUCAGGAUUUCCCAGUUGAAAUGUCUGCACAGACCUGGACCCUCUGCAGUGGCCUCGUGUGCUCAGAACACUGGCAACAUAUUUCUACAUCACACAGAACAGGUUUUACUGAAAGCUUUACUGUUUACAAUGUGCCUCUGCAGUUGUGUGGCGUCAUUCAGCUGCUUCUCGUGCAGUCGGGUCCAUGUUUUUUCUCCAAACUCCAACCUCAUUGUAGUUCCGAGUUGCCUAGAGUGCUCCUCAGCUGGUCCUACCCCCCCACCAGCCGUUCUCCCUACUCGAGACCAGUCUUGGGCCCAAUCCCAAUGUCCCCCCUGAGCCCUGAACCCUCAGACUUUACCGACGUCACCUGGAAGGGCUCGAGAAGGAACGGGACAGCUCUUUAUCACGUUACCUGAAACGCUUUUUAUUUGAUGCUUUCGCCUGAUCUUUCUCGCCCUGCAGAGUGGAGGAGAGCUGCAUGUCACCAAUCAUUAAAACACUGUUGUUGGUCGAACAGCCUCAUUAAGCAGAAGCUAAAAUAAAUAGUGUGUAACGAGGUGGCUGCUUCCUCUGACUUCAUGUCCAUCUUCAGUUAAGAAACGUUACCAUCAGCUUGUUUGUUUACUGUUUUCUUAACGCAGAUUUGCAGUGAUGUUUCUCUCGCUUCCCCCGGCAACCCCCGUGUUUCACGUCAUACCGCUAUGAACUGUGGGCAAUUCCCUCAGGCAAAGUCUGCAGAAAUGCAGACUUACGAAAAGGAUCUAAAAAGGGCUCAAAAUGUCCGCGAGAGGGCCCUCGUGCACUUGACCAUUUGACAGUAGGGGCCUCAAAGUCUGUGAGGGGGGACGUUGGGAUUGGGCCUUGGUCUCAACACCGGUCUUAAGACCCCUUUUGAUGGUUGCAUUUGUUUGGAUUUUAUUUCAAGUCCAGAACU